UUACCUAAGGAUAUUAUUACGUACUGCUAAGGUAGUAAGUUCACCAUCCGAACUAGCAUUCAAUUUCAUCUUCAACUUUUCUUUCGUCAUUAUAUUUGACUAUGUUCUUGCCUACCCUCGCCUCUCUUUUUUUCUUAUCUUCGGCAACAGUCCGAGCCUCUCCAUGCAUCGCUUUUGACGCCAAUUGGAACCUCCUUGCUUUCGGCCUAAACGGCAAAGACUGGAACGCGGGCACCCAAGACACCUGGUCCAGCAGCACUGCGGCCACAGACAUUACAGCGUCCAACCGACCGCCAUUUGAUGCAGCUAACACUACAUGCUACCUCUCACAGUAUGCCAACGCGAUCUAUGCGAUUAAUGCCGACUCCAAGAAUCCUUCCUCUCUUUACAUCUACAAUGCGGCUGCAAAAUCGUGGUCCAUGCAGGGAGUCAAUGCUGGUUCUUUUGACUAUGCAUCUUUUGAUGCUAUUUUAGACCAUGACACAAACGUCUUCUAUGCGUUGUCACAGGGAAACCUCUUCUCCCUAGACAUGGGUUUACUUAAUGCGGCCAAUAGUACAGCAUUAAACUGGAUUAACGAUGAACAAGUGCCGUACCCCUCGAAUUACGUUCCAGUCAUGGCUCUUGCACAAAAUCACAUUCAUUUCCUAGACGUCCCUAACGUCCCUGCUGGAAGCGCAGACAUUUUCGUCAUUCAUUACUCCUACUUCCAACCGCAGUCCCAGGCUUACCCGCUUCCAAAUGGGAGCGCGUUCCCUGCCACUUACGGGCAAGUCGCCUCAUUCUUCCAGGCAGACAACACAGUCCAGCAAGAGUUCGCCUUCAUUCCUUCAGAUUCCUCUGCCACGUACAUAAUCAAUGUUGAAACGAACACCACCCAGGCCCUGGCAGCGCCUACCAUCAAAGACUCCAAAGCGACAUACUUCGCCGGUGUCACAGCUCUCGUGCAGCUGACAAGCAAUGGCGCCGUGUCUUACCUCCCUUACCUUGAAGGUAACACGAGUACGAACGUCGCUGCAACAUGGGCUACUGUGAGCAACCUCGCGACAGCUGCCCCACCAUCGUCAUCCUCUUCGAGCUCUAGCGGGUCCAGUGGCAAUGCUUCCGGCUCACACAGCGCUACCAGUCCAAGCAGCACCACCGCAUCUGGAGCCGCUUUGGGUGCAAGCGUACAAUACAGCAUACUCAUCACUUGUAUUCUGUGUCUCACGGCGUUCGUGGUGUGAACGCUACUUUUUCUUUUUUUUGAACAAAGAUGUUACAACUUCCUACGGACCCUUCACAUACAUAGCUGGAAUAUCCGCUGUGAUCCAGCCUAGGACUGUUUUUUUUUUCGAAAGUUAGACUACGUGACCUCACAAUUCUAGGUUUAUUUACCAGCAUGGAGAAUUUAUGACUUCUUUGAGGUUUGCUAGGUCUGGCUGAGACUUCAUGUAAUUGUUUCUUGUACCCUAAGGUCUCUAAUAGUUCGAGAGCCAUACGACUGGUACAGACGUCUUCGCAGCAUGUAAUUCUCAUACUUGCACUUGCCUCAGACUUAAAAACAAAAGCAUCGCAUUAUAAGGCGAAGUGUUCCUAUAAAAUGCCGUGGGAAGUU